UCCCAAGUCCCAAAUAAAUAAAUGCUACACAGUACACAGAGACGUUUUCUUUCAUUGUUUGGCUUGGUAAAAUUAAUUUUGGCGCUUUUAUGUUAAAAGUUUAUAAUUUGAAAACAGUUACCGUAAAUGCGUACCCUGAUUAUACGCUUUAUAGUUGGGUAUUGCCCAAAUGUAUCAGCAGCAAUCCCAACGUUCUAAUACACACAGAUAUACACAAACAGCUAGAGAGCAGAGUUGCUGUGGUGGUAGAAUAGGAGAAUGAUAUUCUCAACUGCAACUCCUCGUCUUCGACCUUCCGAUAUGCUCAUGCAUUUUACGAUACCAAUGGAAAACUUGGGCAACUAUUAUGUUAUCGAGACUCGCAGUUCUGUGGUUUUUGAUCUCAAUCUGGUUUGUAUGCUUGUCAACUAUGCCGUCCAGCAUGUUGUCAUCAUAUUCACAUCUGAUCAUUUUACUGACGAUUAUGAUGGCAAUCUGAACUGGGUGACUUUUGCCGCAGCUCUGAUUUCUUGCAUUGGGACUGUUGCUUCUCUCAUUGCGAAAAGGAAUAGGCCACCACACAAGGGACGGUGGUGUAAGUUCUUACUCACACUGCUGUUGGUUGCAUCCUCAGGAUAUGCUCUCGAUGUUCAGGGUGAUCCAAGACCAUUGGCCUGUUUGAUUUCUAAUCUGCUGUUAUAUUUAAACAAGGCCAAUUCACUAAAAGAGAAGAGACGCAUCCUGCUGGGAGACAGGAGAGUGCCAAUUGUAGGAUUUCGCAUACGAGAUGAGGUGAUAAUUGCUGCUAUAGUGAGAGCAGAACAUGCACACCUGGUCGAUUCCCUUUAUCAAGGGGGCCGCAAUGUGGCUUUUUCGGUGUCAAGCGGAGAAGGGGUGGUGACAAAUAUAACUAUGAGGGAAGAGUAAACCUAGCCUCUCAAGUACUAGCCGUGAACUUUGUGGUACAGACCAAUCUGACCUUUUAUUACUCAUGUAGUAGCAUAUAGUUGCUCAAAGUAAGUUCUGCAUUAGGUCUCAUCAUGAAGCAAAUACUAUUCUAGUCUUGCUUUGUUUAGAGUUGUUGAUUGUAUUGGCGAGAUUGCAUGUAUAGAUCUAAUGUCUCUUCUUUUGAA